AUGUUGAAUCCGAUUGAGCCUAGGCUGCCAAAUCCCCCUCCAAGAAAUCUUGACCACUCGGUGAGUUGUGAAUAUUGUUCAGGGGCCCCGGGGCAUGACACAAAGAAAUGCUGGAAAUUGAAAACAGCUAUUCAAGAGCUCAUUGAUACCCGUCGGAUCGAGGUUCAAGCCCCAGAAAUGCCCAACAUCAACCAGAAUCCGCUCCCAGCCCAUCAUGAGACCAAUAUGAUUGAGAUAGUGCAAAAAGGAGGAGAGCCUAAAAAGCCCUUGCAGACUGUGAUGAUGAUCAGGUCCAGUGAAGUCAGGCCAAGUGAGAAGUCAACUAGUGGGAAGUCGUUGAUCAAGUUGAAAGAGACAGAUAGUAAACCAGUUGUGGUGGUUCAGAAGGAGUCUUCGAGCAAGGUUGCAGUGAAACAAGAAAAAGCAAAAGUGGUAGUUCCAAGGGCAGCCAACAAGCCCGGUGUAGUUGUGGAAGGUGCUCGCACAGAGCCUGUUAUUAUCAAACCAGUGACUCAGCUACCAAUAGUCAACAGCAAGGCCGUCCCUUGGAAUUAUGGCCGAAUGACAGUGAUUUACAAAGGGAAAGAGGUUAAAGAAGAUGUCUGUGAGACCCAUGGUCUGACCCGCUCAGGGAGAAGCUUUGCCCCCGAGGAGUUAAGAAAAGCCAAAACCGCCAAAGAUAACCCAGUGUUAGUGAAGAAAGCUGUGACCGAAGAAAAGGCAGAGGAGUUCUUGAGGAAGAUGAAAAUGCAGGACUAUUCUAUUGUAGAGCAGUUGAGGAAGACCCCUGCCCAGAUUUCAUUGCUCUCAUUGUUAAUCCGUUCGGACGAGCACCGUCGGGCAUUGAUGAAAAUCUUGAAUGAGGCCCACGUUCCGGACAAGAUCUCUGUAAACCAUCUGGAAAAGAUAGCAAAUAAGAUUUUUGAGGUAAAUAGAGUCACUUUUUCUGAUGAUGAAUUGCCCAUGGAGGGUACCGAGCAUAACACAGCCCUUUACCUUACGGUGAAGUGUGAAGAUUCCGUGGUUACUCGGGUACUAAUUGAUAAUGGGUCCAGCGCCAACAUUUGCCCUCUCUCCUCCCUAGACAAAUUGAAAGUGGACAAUGAAAGAAUUCACAAGAACAGUAUUUGUGUUCGGGGGUUCGACGGUGGAGGGAAAGAUUUAGUCGGAGACAUAGUGCUGGAGCUGACAAUAGGGCCAGCUGAAUUUACUAUGGAAUUCCAGGAAAUUGUAGUGCACGGCGAGGAUGGUUUGUGUGCCCAGAAUGAUGCCAUUAUACCCUUCAUCGAAGUUGAAGACGACAAGGGGCCGUGGGUCUAUCAGGUUUUUGAUACAGUAUCAGUUGAAAAGAUCCCAGAAGGGGAGUGUGUUCCAAUUCCGAAGGUAGCAGCUGCAUCAGUCAUGGUGGCUUCUGAGAUGUUGAAGAAUGGCUUCGUACCUGGCAAGGGUUUGGGUGCGUCUCUGCAAGGUAUCGUACAGCCGGUGUCUCUUCCCAAAAACUUUGAUACCUUUGGUUUGGGAUUCAAGCCUACAGCUGCAAACAUAAGGCUAGCCAGAAAGUUGAAACAGAGAGCAUGGGUUCUACCAAAGCCUGUCCCCCGUCUCUUCCGAUCCUUUGUCAGGCCUGGUACUAAGAAGCGCCUAGCAACAACAAUGCCCGGUUCUGUGAUUGGUCCUGAUAAGGAGUUGCUUGAAAGGUUUGAAAAGCUAUUCGACGUGGUGAAUAUGGUGGAAGCCGGAGAGGGGUCGAGCAAGGCGGAUGUGCAAUUCAUGGGGCCCAUGGAAUAUGAUGAUGAGGAAGCCUUUGAGGAAGUCAGUAAAGAAUUAAGCCAUUUUGAAGAAAACCCCAAACCUAACCUGAAUGAUACAGAAGUAAUCAACUUAGGGGAUCAAGAUAAUGUCCGGGAAACUAAAAUAAGCGUCCAUCUUGAACCACAGCUCAGAGAAGAGAUAAUUAAAGCACUGUUGGAGUACGAAGAUGUUUUUGCAUGGUCAUAUGACGACAUGCCGGGUCAGCAUGACAUCACCGGCAGGAAAGAGCAGGCCAUAUACUACCUCAGCAAGAAGUUCACAGCUUACGAGGUGAUCAUUACAGACAAUGGGGCUAAUCUUAAUAGUCAUCUGAUGAAAGAGGUAUGUCAGCAAUUCAAGAUUACACAUCGCAAUUCCACCCCUUACCGCCCCAAGGCAAACGGAGCAGUUGAGGCGGCCAACAAGAAUAUAAAGAAGAUACUGCAGAAAAUGGUGGAGGGUUCUAGACAGUGGCAUGAAAAGUUGCCUUUUGCAUUGCUGGGUUAUCGUACUACU